AUGGGCUGUAGGAUGUCCCUCAAAGUCCAUAUCCUUGAUGCUCAUCUUGAUAAAUUCAAGGAGAACAUUGGAGCGUACUCGGAGGAGCAAGGCGAGUGCUUCCACCAGGAUAUACUGGACUUUGAACGCCGCUACCAAGGACAGUAUAACGAGAACAUGAUGGGAGACUACAUUUGGGGGCUGAUUCGUGAAACCAUAAACCAGUCCUGGUGCUACCCCGUUCACCAACCCACACUGAUCAGCGUGGUGGACUAUAGCCAAACCACCCCCUUAGCAGUCUUCAUCCAGCAGUGGAUUGACAAACCACUCGGCUAUCUGGUGGCAGCUCCCUCGGUGUUCAGAGCCGGGGUGGAGGAGGCCAUCAGCGUCACUUUUUUUAACCCCGCGGCAGAGACCGCCGUCCAGGCGUGCCUGGCGGUCCACGGGGAGACGGUGGCACACAGCCGUGGCGGUGUGUUUGAAAAGGGUGUAAUAAAACUGAAAGUGCCGCGCGGAUUGAGGGGUCAAGCUCACUUGAGGGUGUGGGGAAGCCAUAAUUCCACCUCCAAGAGUGAUGAUGCCUUCUCAUUCCAAAACUCCACCACCAUCACCGUGGAGCAGAGAGGUUCCACAGUGCUGAUCCAGACUGAUAAACCCGUCUACAAGCCCAAACAGAGAGUUCUUGCCAACUUCAUUAUCAUAAGUCCAGAACUGAGGCCUAUCAAUGAAAAGGUGGAAGCAUACAUUGUGGACCCAAGAGGAUCACGCAUGGUCCAGUGGAGUGACCUACAUCCCAUCUGUUGUGGAAUCAUGAAUGUGAGCUUCCCACUCUCCGAGCAACCAAUCUUUGGAGAGUGGAUGAUCUUCGUGGAGAUCCAUUCCCACACCUACAACAAGUCCUUUGAAGUGCAAAAAUACGUGCUGCCAAAGUUUGAAGUUGAUAUCAGCACUCCCAGCUUCAUCAGAAACCUCAACGUCUGCGAUAAAGCAAGAGUCCGGGCCAGGUACACAUUUGGGAAGCCGGUGCGAGGAAAGGCCACCGUGAACAUGACCGUGAACGGAGUCGGCUAUUACAGACAGGACCUCGGCAUGCCCGUCCUCAAAACCUUCGAGGUCGAUGGAGCGGCGUCCUUUGACAUCUGCGUCAAGGACCUGAUGCCGAACGUGCCCGAGCACUUCCGAGGAGCCCUGAGUAUCUGGGCCACUGUGGUGGCCAGCGACGGCAGUAAGCAGAUCGCGUUCGAUGACUCUACGCUGGUGCACAAGCAGCUGGUGGACAUAAAGUAUUCGCGUGAGACGCGCAAGCAGUUCAAGCCCGGGCUGCCUUACCAUGGAAAGCUGGAGGUGACAUAUCCGGACGGAAGCCCUGCGGAUGGCGUGACUGUGCGGAUCAAGGCUGAGCUCGCGGCAAAGGACAACAUCUACACCAGUGAGCUGGUGUCCCGAGAUGGCAUCGUGGCGUUCCAAAUCCACUCAAUACCCACCAUGGCCCAGUAUGUCUGGCUGGAGGUCAGUAGCGUUGCCCGUUGUGCUUUAUUAGAGAACGUGUGGCAUGGUUGUGGCCUGGUGGCUCGGGAAUCGGAGCUGGGUGAUGCACUGCUUCCUGCAGAGUUCCAAAUAGAAAUGUCUUCGUCACAUGACACAACGCAAAUACCUCCUGUACAAGCGUAUGAUGGGCACAUAACGAUCAUUGCACAUCCGAUUAGCACAGUUGGCUAUGCGAAGGUGACGGCGAUCGAUGGGAGAGAGGUGGGCGAUCAGUACCUGUCCAACUUCAUGUCCAUCACCGGCUGGUUCUCGCCCAGCAAAUGUCACCUGCAACUCCAGCCUCCGGACGCACCGCUCAAGGUGGGCGAGGAAGCAAAGGUGGCGAUCAGGUCCACUUGCCCCUGCAACGUCUCGCUUCACUACGAGGUGGCAGCUCGCGGCAACAUCGUCCAGUCCGGCGCGCAGAGCCCCCCGGGGUCCGCCGUGCCGGCCACCGCCGGCGCCGAUUCCGGGGCCCGGCUUCCCCGCCGCGCCGCCGUCGGGACGCCCUCGUCUUCGACAAGAAUGCCGACGUCACUCACGGGUCACAGGAGCAGACGGGUACGGAGUGCAGCCUGGGCGCUGUCGCUUCGCCCGCACGUGCGUGUGACGGCCCUUGCCUGUCGAUCUGCUGCCGCGUGA